AUGAGCGGCGCCAGUAUGGCGAGGAUGGUCGAGGUGGCGGGCUUGACUGCUGCGGCUGUGACGGGGCCUGUCGAAGUGGUGCUUGGAGAAGACACAGUCGAGGAUGGCGCUGAGGUUUCGGAUGUAGAGCCUCCAGACCCGCCAGUUGCUGUAGAUGCUGAUCCGGCUGAGGUGGUUGGACCGUCAGACGCGGAUUCUGAGGGGAUUGAAGCCGACGGACUCGAGCCAGGACCGUUUGUCGCUGUUCCGGACGGUGCUGAUGAUACCGAAGAUAAAGUUGCCGUGGAGAGUGAUGACGCGCUUGCUGGAGAACUCGACUGA